UCUCCCAGAAGGUGAAGCCAAUGACACUCAAGGAAUGCAAGAAGGAAGAGAAGGCAGACAGGGAGUUCCAGAAGAAGUUCAAGUUUGAAGGAAGCAUCAAUGUCCUGACCCAGAUGAUGGUUGACCCCGCAGCGGCGGAGAAGAGGGGUGGAGGGAAGAACCUGCCACUGAGACGAGGAGAAAUUCUGGAUGUCAUUCAGUUUACAAAUCAGGAGCAAAUCCUCUGCCGGAACAGCAAGAGGAGGUAUGGCUACGUGCCCCGGGCUGUGCUGCUGCACCUGGACACGGACAUCUAUGAUGACGUUGAGGUUUCUGGUUGAGCGAUCCAAGCUGAAGCCAAAGGCACAAGACAGAACCAACAGAGACCUCCCCAGGGGCCAAAACAUGAAAAGCACUAGAUGCCACACUCCUGCUUGGGCAGGAGCUCUGCUUCUUCUGAGAUGGGCUGCAAAAGCCUCCGUGUCCUCCCUGAGACAGCGGCCAGGCCGCUCCUCCUGCUGCCAGGAUCUUGUCCCACAGGGGCAGGGGGC